AUGUGGUUCGCAGCAGCAGCAGCAAAAGCAGCAACACCAGCAGCAGCAACAGCAACAGCAGCAACAGCAGCAGCUGCGUCAGCAGCGCCAGAAAAAGCGACAGCAGCAGCAGCGGCAGCAGAGGGUUUAUUAAUUCCUGCGAGGCUGCCCUCGCUGCAGCAGCUGCAGCAGCUGCAGACUUUUGCUGCUGUUGGAUCUUCUUUGCUGCAGCGGCUGACACUUCGGGGGCAGCAGUUUGCGGUGUAUGGACACCUGGCAGCACUUAAAGAGUUCAAAAUGAGGGGAGAGUUGCUGCUGCUGCUGCAGCAAAUCAGCAGAGAAGGCCUCGCAGCAGCAGCAGCAGCAGCACCAGCAACAGCAGCAACAGAAACGGCAACGACAGCGGAAGCAGCAGCAGCAGCAGGAGGAAGCGAUGCCGUAUUAGCAGCAGCGCCAGCAGCAGCAGCAGCAGCAGCAGAAGCAGCAGCAGCUGCGCUGUGCAGACUGGACCCACACUUGGUGGGGCGGCUGCUGCAGCAGCUGCAGAAAGCGGUGCAGCAGCAGCUGCAGCAAAAGAGACUCUCGUGCGACUGUCUCCUUUUAAGCAGGUGCUCGCAAGCAGCAACUGAUCCUGCGCUGCUGCGGUUUGUUGCAGCAGCAGCAGCAAGAACAGCAGCAGCAGCAGCAGCAGCAGCAGCAGCCAGGCCAGCGGUGAAUGCUGCCCCGGCGGACGCAUGCGCGCGAGCGCCAGCAAGCCCCGCUGCAGCAGCAGCAGCAGCAGCAGAACGAGCAGCAGCAGCAGCAGCAGCAAGUUCCUUCGUGCUGUCGGUGAGCGAGGCUGCAUGCGCUGGGUUGCUGCCGACGUGCUGCAGCAGCUUAUUUUUGCUGCUG